AUGGCCCCGGCGGCGACGGUCGAGGUGGCCAGCUUCGACGGGCAGUUGCCAGACAUCGACAUGGCGUCCCUGUACGAGGCGCCGGUGGAGGAGGCCGAGGAGGCCGAGGAGGAGGGGCGGGCCGCCGACGGCCUGCCUCGGGCCGCCGCGCCCGCGGCCAGGCGCGGCCCCCUCGCGGGGUCGGUCGUGGGCCGCCGCCGCCGGCCGCCGCAGGGGGGCGUCUGUGAGGCCACUGGGGGGCUCUGCGACUAUCUUUUGACGGCGAAGUGGUACAGGGCACUCCGGGGGUUGCAGGACAUAGACGGGUCCCUCCGCUUCAGCCUCGACUUGUAUGAACACGCAGUUCACAAGGUCAUUGGCCACAUGGACGGCAUCACGCCAACGCUGGUGUGCGCCGAGGCGAAGAAAAUACAGAACCUGGUCGCGGCGUGGCGCCGCGUCGUGAGGCUGCAGUACCACAUCCCCGCAGCGCUCAAGCGCGCGAUGACGAAGCAGGCCUCUGACAGCGAGGAGCAGCACCGAGAGGAGGCCGACGAUGAAGAUGCGAACGAAAAGGAGAUCACGCUGGGCGGCCUCAGCUCCGACGAUGACGACAGCCUCGUGAGCGUGCACAGCGAUGGCGCCGACCCCCCAGGCGGUGUCGAGCCGCUGACGGACGCCCAGCAGCCGACCCACGCCCGCCGCUUGGCCGAGAAGUGCGACGAGGAGAUGACAGAGGCGAAUCGGUGCCGCAAGAACAUCGCCGCCCGCCUGGCCAAGAUGCAGUCUGCCGAUGACGAGAGCGACGACGGUGACCAAUACGUGCUCGUGAAAGGUUGGGCGUUCAGGGUUCCAGACAGCUGCCCCGCCGCCUCGGUGGUCAGCAGCAAGAUUGGGGCUGCGGUGUACGUGUGGGACGACGGCGACAGAUGGAUGAGCGACCAGCUGUACACAGAGGCGGCCAGGUGCGACCCCAACAUCAAGAAGGCGCCCGAGGUUGCGCCCGAGGUGCCAGCGGCGGCCGCCUCAGCCAAGGAGGGCGCGGCGGCCAAGAGCGCGGCGGCCAGCCCGCAGACGGCCAAGGAGGGCGCGGCGGCCAGCCCGAUGGCAGCCAAGGAGGGCGCGGCGGCCAAUGGCGCCUGGGGCGCGGCGGCCAGCCCGAUGGCAGCCAAGGAGGGCGCGGCGGCCGCCUCGGUCAAGAAGGGCGCGGAGGCCAAGGGCGCAGAGGGCGCGGCGGCCAAGGGCGCAGAGGGCGCGGCGGCCAGCCCGCAGGCAGCCAAGGAGGGCGCGGCGGCAAGCCCGCAUGCAGCCAAGGAGGGCGCGGCGCCCGUCGACGCGGGCAAGGGCAGGGGCAGGGGCAGAGGCAGAGGCAGGGGCAAGAAGGCCCAGCAUGCCGACGGCGACGGCGGUGGGCUGAACGUCGGCGGCGAGGGCACGGGCAAGGGCAAGAGCAGGGGCAAGGGCAAGUGCAAGGCAGAGGCGGCGGCCGACUCAUCGCCCGUCCCAGCGGCGGGCGAUUGGAACGAGGGCGACGCAGACACGAUGAACGAGGAGCACGGCGACGGCUGGUGCGGCAGCAAGAUGGCCGCGGUGCUCCGAGAGAUCAAGGAGGCCCGCGAGCUGUGCGGCAAGCACGGCCAAUGGAAGGUUGGCGUCUCGCCGCGCCCGAAGAUCAACGGGUGGGAGUGCUUCGUGCGGAACAAUGACGGCCAGAAGUGGACGAAGACCAGCAACGCGAAGAUCAAGGUGGCAGCGACGCUCAAGGGCACGGUUCUCUACGCGAACCAGUGGAUGCUCGAGAGGGUGCAGGCUGAGGGUGCCGCGCGCGCCGAGUUGUUGGCGGCCGCUGGAGGCGAUGAUGGCAGCGGCGAGGUGGCGGCCGUCAACAUCAGCGACGACGAUGCGCAUCGGGAGGCCGCCAAGGGUGAGAUCGACUGUUUCACCCAGCCCGAGGAUGACGGCUUGCACUCGACCCAGGUGGAGGACGCCACCGCGACCCAGUUCUUCGGCGUGGUCGAGAAUGCGGGGUCCGACCAGAAGCGCCGACGCUUGGGCGCCAAGUCCGCGGUGCCCGAGUCUGACGGCCCUGGGUUGGCAGACUAG